AUGUCCGGCCCUUCACGAUUCUCCCGCCUCUACAGGAUUGUUUCUCUCCGAAGGGGAACGGUACACAAGAUCUCGAGUGUGGUCCCCGCAAGAGGACUCUCUGAUAGCAUCGAGCCCAGUCAGAAUCGAUUGAGGCUAUCGAUAUUGUUGAGCAGCGCCGCGGUUGUGUCGUUCGGAAUGGGGUAUUUCAUGCAGCAAAUUGACGACUCAUCAUCUGCAUAUGAAUGUCCUGCGCUGCGCACUAUUCAAUAUCCCGAAAGAGAGGUGAUGCUUAAGGCCGCGCAAGAAAUCAGCCAGCUCCUAGGCGACGACUCGGUGAGCUUUGACGAGGACGACAUUGAAGCCCAUGGCCACUCGGAUUGGUCGACGAGUAACUCGCCUGGGCGCGCCGUGGCGGUGGUAUAUCCAAAGAGUACAGAGGAAGUGUCCAGAGCAGCUGCAAUAUGCUACAAGCACAACGUUCCCAUUGUUCCGUACGGGGCAGGCUCCUCCGUCGAAGGGAAUGCAUCCUCGCCCUACAGCGGCAUCGUGAUCAACUUGGCCCAGAUGGAUAGAAUCGUUGCUUUCCACCCAGAAGACAUGGAUGUCGUCGUUCAACCAGGUGUGAACUGGGUUGAUCUGAACAAUGAGAUCAAGCACGAGAACCUAUUUCUGCCGCUCGACCCAUCGCCGACCGCAACUAUCGGUGGGAUGGUCUCGACAAACUGCAGUGGAACAAAUGCAUUCCGAUACGGCACGAUGAAGGACUGGGUGGUUAACGUGACUGCUGUGCUCGCCGAUGGGCGGGUCAUCAAGACGCGACGGAGACCGCGGAAGACGUCCGCUGGAUAUAAUCUGACCUCACUUUUUGUUGGCGCAGAGGGGACGCUUGGAAUUGUCACCGAGAUAACGCUCAAGCUGGCUGUUAUUCCGAAGGAGACGAGCGUCGCUGUUGUCUCGUUCCCCACAAUCAACCAGGCUGCAUCUGCGGCAUCGAAGAUCAUUCGGUCGGGUAUCCAGCUUGCCGCAAUGGAACUGAUGGACGAUGUCCAGAUGCGCGUCGUCAAUCAACAUGGUAGUGCAGAGGUCCGAGCCAUGAACUGGGAUGAGACGCCCGCUCUCUUCCUCAAAUUCGCGGCUCCAUCCAAGGAAACAAUAGCCGCCGACGUGGUUAGAGUUGAAAGGCUGGUCCAAUCAUUCGAACCCUCACGAUAUGUCUUCGCGACAAACAAUGAAGAGGAGGCAAGGAUCUGGGCCGCACGAAAAGAGGCGCUGUGGACCAUGAUAUCCAUCAAGCCCGAAGGGCACGCCAUCUGGUCCACCGAUGUGGCAGUCCCGAUAUCCCGGCUGGCAAAGAUUAUUGAGCGGUCCAAGCAAGACGCCGAACAUUUGGGGGUGUUCUCCAGCGUGGUUGGCCACGUUGGGGAUGGGAACUUCCACGAGGCAAUCAUGUACGACCCCAGGGACCCGGCGAUGCAACAUGCUGUGGAGGAGGUUGCACACCGGAUGAUGGACCGUGCUCUCGAGAUGGAGGGGACGGUCACUGGAGAACACGCCAUCGGGAUUGGUAAAAUGGAGGGAUUAUUGGCUGAAGUCGGAACUGAGACGGUAGAGGUCAUGAAAAUAAUCAAGCAGGCAUUGGAUCCAAAAUGGAUCAUGAACCCCGGCAAGGUGUUCGACCUGCCUACCGUCCGGUAG